UAUCUGAUUUCACCAAACAGGUUACACAUGUGUAUCAAGGAUAUAUUCAUGCGAUCGUUUUGGUUAAUAUCUGGACUAUAGUCAGGAACAAUGUCCCGUUACAAUAAUCAUGUCGUCAGUUCGGAUUCCGAAUCUGACGAUUACGAAGAAGUUCUGACACGGAACACGGCCGCCGAUAGCGAAAUUGAUGAAACUUCCCAAGAUCUAACUCAAUCGCAAAGAGAUGAUUAUUGUCGCGAAGACAAUGAAAUACAAAUUGGCCAGUAUAGCAAAGUAAGGACUGAAAUGGACGUACUCGUUGGUAAAUUGCUAUCAAGAUGGUGGUACGUACUACCGGAUUGGCCACCGGCAAAUUACAAUUACCGAGAGCAGCUUGAAAAACACAUGCUAAAGUGUUACCCCGUACCUGAAUUCGAAGACCACGAAAAUGUGGAUAGCAACGGUUAUACCAAGUGCUACCAGCUCUCGGCAUUCCCAGGCGUGUUCCGUGAUUUUAAAGGUAUUGCCCACGAUCUAAGGCCCAUCGAGGGCAAGCCGUGCUAUAACAAUCUAAUACAAAAACCACGGGAAGAGCUGAUUCGUCUAAUAAAGGCCGCUAUAAAGAAGCAGAUUGAGUUGCUGUCCAAGUCUCCCUACGACGAAAGCGCGUAUAUAGAACGUCUACAGGAAGAACUGUCUGAACUGAAGUAGGGUAGCGAU